AGGUCCCCGUCCUACAGCUCCACUCCCUCCCCGCUGAUGCCCAACCUGGAGAACUUCCAGUACAGCCAGCAGCCGCUGAGCGCCGGCGCCUUCCCGGCCGGCAUCGCCGACCACAGCCAUUUCAUGCCACUGCUGAAUCCUUCUCCCACCGACGGGACGAGCCCUGAUGCUCAAUCCGGGAACUGCAAAAACUUGCAGAAGGAGAAGCUGCCCGAAAACCUGCUGUCGGACCUGAGCCUGCAGAGCCUGACGGCGCUUACCUCCCAGGUGGAGAACAUCUCCAACACCGUCCAGCAGCUGCUGCUCUCCAAAGCAGCCGUGCCCCAGAAAAAGGGCAUCAAGACCCCAGCAAGGACCCCCGAGCAGCUCAAGGGGCAGCACUGCAGCCCCGAGAGCAGCACCUACUCGGCAGAGCAGGUGGGGACCCCUCUGUCCGACCCGCUCAGCACCCCCCAGUCCGUCCACGCCGAGACGCAGGACGCCGACUAUCUCAGCGGGUCGGAGGACCAGCUGGAGAGGAGUUUCCUGUACUGCAACCAGAACCGCAGCCCUGCCCGCGUCAACAGCAACUCCAAGGCGAAGCCCGAGUCGGUGUCCACCUGCUCUGUGACCUCCCCAGACGACAUGUCCACUAAAUCAGAUGACUCCUUCCAGAGCAUCCACGCCAGCCUGCCCCUGGAGACCUUCACCAAGUACGUGACCAACGAACGGGACUGUCCCCGGCUGCUCCUCAGCGCCCUGUCCCAGGAGGAGCUGGCUUCCGAGAUCAUCGUCCUGCAGGACGCCAUCAGCGAGAAGGCGGACAAAGCCUGGGCCAACUCGCCCAUGCUGAGCAAGGAAGCCACCAAGUCCCCCUUCCAGCUGGAGAACCACCGGCCCUGCCUGGACUCCAUGGUGAAGGGUGCCUGGCCCAGCCAGGGCGACUCCAGCACGCUCACCGAGCCCCUCAAGCUGGACAAGGCUUCGGGGGCCAGCGCGGGGAAGGAUUUUGGUGAGGAGGUGUACGAAGGUCCCCAGGUGGAGUUCGCGGCCACCGAGACCAAGGACACGCUGAAGGACGCGGCCCCGCUGGCCUUCAACUCCAAGCCCACCAUCCCGGCGGCGACGUCAAGCGCAGGGGCCGCCAGCUACAGCUGCUACUCCAACACCACUGCCAACUCGGUGGGGUCUGAGAACGCCAUGGAGCACUUCGAGUGGCCGGAGGAGAGCCUGGGCGAGCCAGCCAAGAGUGAGCCGGCCCGGGACUUCGGCCAGCAGGUGAUGGAGGAGGAAGAGGAGGAGACGCUGACCUACGACGAGGCCACGAAGGCGGACAGCGAGAGGUGGCUGCAGGACACCCGGCACUGCUGCUCGACCGGGGACUUCAGCGAGAUCCCCAUCAUCUCCUCGCCGGAGUUGAAGGAGUCAGACCUGGAGGCAGAGGACGAGGUACCCGUGUCCGCCGAGGAGACAGUCAGCCCAGUGGAGAAGGAGAGCUCGGCUCCCGCCGCGCGCCUCUCCGGCCAGUCCGUCAUCCUGCUGGGCCCUGCUGUGGGCACGGAGACCAAGGUGAAGAGCUGGUUCAAGUCCUCCCUGCCCCACAUCCAGCCUGAGGAGGAGACCG